AUGUUGGCCUUUCUUUGGUUAUUCCUCCUGGCUCAUGAAAGAAUUAAUGCAGCGGCCGAGGCACAAAAAUUCAGCGCAAUGUUUGCAUUUGGUGAUUCAUUAAUAGAUCAUGGGAACAACAAUUAUCUUCAAUACUCAUUAGCAAAGGCGAACUAUGUGCCUUAUGGUGUUGAUUUUGAUCAAGGAGUUCCUACUGGGAGAUUUUGCAAUGGAAGAACCAUCAUCGACUUCUUGGGAGAAUUAUUGGGGUUUCCGAUGCUUCCACCGUAUACGGCAGCCACAGGGAAAAACAUUCUCAAGGGAGUAAAUUACGCUUCAGCUGCAGGAGGAAUUCUUGAUGAGACUGGACGAAACCUAGGGCAAAGAUUCAGCUUAACAGACCAAGUUGCGAGCUUUAGAGACACCUUAAAUCAAAUCAAGGCUAUGAUGGGAGGGGAAGAAGAGCUGAACCAUUAUUUAGCCAAUUCCUUAGUGGUAAUGGUCCUUGGCAGUAAUGACUACAUUAACAACUAUCUCCAACCUUCAUUUUACACUAGCAGUUACAUUUAUAACCCACAACAGUAUGCUGAUCUUCUCAUCAAGCUCUACACCAGGCAAAUUUUGGAACUUCAUAGCUUUGGAUUAAAGAAGUUUGUGUUGGGUGGAAUUGGACCAUUGGGAUGCAUCCCAAAUCAACUAGCUACUGGUCUUGUUCAACCUGGAAAGUGUUUCUCAUUUGCAAAUGAUAUUGUCGGAAUGUUCAACAUGAGGCUAAGAUCCCUAGUUGAUCAGUUCAACAGAGACUACAAUGGAUCUAUCUUUGUCUAUGGCAACAGUUUUGGUGCUGUCAUGGAUGUAAUCACAAAUGCCACUAAAUAUGGAAUAACAGUGACAGACAGAGCUUGUUGUGGAAUAGGGAGAAAUGAAGGGCAGAUCACUUGCCUGCCUCUAUCUGUUCCUUGUGCCAACAGGAACCAGUACGUCUUUUGGGAUGCUUUCCAUCCAACACAAAUUGUGAACCAAAUUCUAGCAACGAGAGCUUACUCCGGAACACCUUCUGAUUGCUAUCCUAUUAACAUCCAGCAAAUGGCUAAACUAUAA